AUGCCUCGUUCUCCUUCAAUCUCCCACUCACCUUCACCUUCUCGUUCUCCCGUUCGAUCACGCGCACGUUCUGGCUCGGUCCAUCGACGCAAUUCAUCACCAGAUGAUGUCCCAGCCAGUAAAAGGAAAAGAUCACCUUCACCAAAUCCCCGAGACAGAUCGCCUUCACCUCCUUCACGCAGAAGACGGUCAUCUCGCUCACCGCCAUCCCGUCCUUCCGGACCAAAUGAUAUAGAAGCGCCUCGAGUAAUGGACGUUGAUCCCAAUAGAAAGAGGGCAAGGGAAGCAGCAAUGUUAGAAGCAUCUAUCAACCAAGAGUUGACGAAACCCAAUGGUAAUGGAGUCGUAGCAGUAAAUGGUGCAUCAAAAGCGGAUGAAGUGGCAAAGGCUGAAUUCGCAAAGUUGAUCGGAUCAAGAUCCGGUGGUGCUUAUAUACCUCCAGCAAGAUUGAGAGCUAUGCAAGCUGAGGCUGCGAAAGAUAAAACUUCAACCGAGUUUCAAAGGUUAUCGUGGGAUGCAUUGAAGAAAAGUAUAAAUGGUAUGAUCAACAAGGUAAAUGUUUCGAAUAUCAAACAUGUUGUACCGGAAUUGUUUGGAGAGAAUCUCAUCAGAGGAAAAGGCUUAUUCGCAAGAUCAAUCAUGCGUGCUCAGGCAUCCUCAUUACCAUUCACUCCCGUUUUUGCCGCUUUAGUUGCUAUAGUGAACACAAAAUUACCGCAAGUGGGAGAGUUGGUUCUGAUCAGGUUGAUAAGUCAAUUUAGAAGAGCGUAUAAGAGAAAUGACAAAAUUGUCUGCAACGCUACAUCAACGUUCAUUGCCCACCUGUGUAAUCAAUACGUUGCUCACGAAAUCGUAGCGUUACAAAUCCUUUUGUUGUGUUUAGACAGACCAACCGAUGAUUCAAUCGAAGUGGCAGUAGCUUUCAUGAGAGAAGUGGGAUUCUUCUUAUCCGAGAACUCACCCAAAGCGAACAACACCGUAUUUGAGCGGUUUAGAGCUGUUCUACAUGAAGGUGCCAUCAGUAAGAGAUGUCAAUACAUGAUCGAGGUGUUGUUCCAAGUCAGAAAAGACAAAUACAAAGAUAACCCCGCUAUUCCGGAAGGCUUAGAUUUGGUUGAAGAGGAAGAACAAAUCACCCAUAGAAUUACAUUGGAUGAUGAGUUACAGGUUCAAGAGUCUCUGAAUCUUUUCAAAGUUGACCCUAAUUACAUGGAGAACGAGAAACGAUAUGAAGAUAUCAAGAAAGAGAUUCUUGGUGAUUCAGACGAUGAAUCUGGAUCUGAAUCAGGAUCAUACGACUCAGAAUCUGAAGAUGAAGAUAAUGAUGUGGCCCCUGAGAAAGCUGGUAUCGCCGAUAUGACUGAAACGAAUCUGAUCAAUUUGAGAAGGACUAUCUAUUUGACUAUCAUGAACUCUCUCAACUUCGAAGAAGCUGUUCACAAGUUGAUGAAGAUAAACAUACCUGAAGGUCGAGAGAUCGAAUUGUGUAACAUGAUAGUAGAAUGUUGUUCUCAAGAACGAUCGUACUCGAACUUCUAUGGUUUGAUUGGUGAAAGGUUCUGUAAACUCAAUAGAGUGUGGACCGAUAAUUUCCAAGAAGCAUUUGCCAAGUACUACGAUACGAUUCAUCGAUAUGAGACCAACAAACUUCGAAAUAUCGGUAGAUUUUUCGGACAUCUUUUAGCUUCGGACGCUAUAAGCUGGGCAGUCUUACAUGCGGUUCAUAUGAACGAAGAAGAGACUACAUCAUCUUCAAGAAUUUUCGUCAAGAUCUUAAUGCAAGAAAUGACUGAAGAAAUGGGAUUAAACAAAUUGGUUUCCAGAUUCCAAAUACAGGAUCUCAAACCUGCACUCAGUGGAAUGUUCCCCAUGGAUAACCCCAAAAAUACCAGAUUUGCUAUCAAUUAUUUCACUUCUAUUGGUCUAGGUAAAGUGACUGAAGACAUGAGAACUUAUCUAGCGAACGCGCCUAAAAUAUUAGCUGCUCAACAGGCUGCUAUGUUAGCAAAUGCUUCUUCAUCAGAUUCAGAUUCUUCUUCAUCGGAUUCAUCAGAUACCACUUCUUCAAGUGAUUCUGAUUCUGAUUCGGAUAGUGAUAGUGAUAGUGAAAGUGACUAUUCGAGAAGAAAAUCGUCUACAAGAAGAAGAAGGUAUUCCUCUGAUAGCAGAUCAAGAUCACCACCUCCAGCUAGAAAAAGGUAUUCAUCAGAUUCAAGAUCACCUUCCCCGCCUCCAAGGAAGAGGGCUGAUUCACCUCCUAGGAGAAAGAGAGAUAGUCCCUCACCUAGAAGGAGGAGAUAUAGCGAUAGUGUUUCUCCACCUCCCAGAAGAAGAGACUCCCCACCUCCCAGAAGGAGAGGAUCACCUUCACCAUCUUCUCCUCCAACAAGAAGAAGAAACGAUUCACCUCCUCCGAGAAGAAGAUAUUCACCAUCGCCAUCUCCACCCAGACGAAGGGAUGAUUCACCUCCAAGAAGAAGAAGGGAUGAUUCCCCACCUCCAAGAAGAAGGAGAGAUAGCUCGACGCCGCCUAGAAGGAGGUAA